AUGCCAAGCUUACUCUCACUUGCCAAGACGGCUAUUAUCGCCUCUUGUCUGUUGACCUGUACUUUUGCUGAGCCAAGUCCACUUGAUAAAAAAUCAAUUAUUGACUUUGGUGAACACGUCUGGGGCGAUGCCCAGCACGUAUUUCAAGCAACUUCAGACAGAGUCAAGGAUAUCUUCCAUCCCAAGACUGAUGCCUCGGAUGAUUUCCGUGUCUUUACUCAUCCUGCUUUCUCAAGUUAUUCUCUAAGAUACAAGCAACCUUCUCUCUGUGACCCUGACGUCAAACAAAUCUCUGGUUAUUUGGACGUCGAUGACGACAAACACUUUUUCUUUUGGUUCUUUGAAUCAAGAGAUAAGCCAAAAGAAGAUCCACUCGUUCUCUGGUUGAAUGGUGGUCCUGGUUGUUCUUCAUUGACGGGUCUCUUUAUGGAACUUGGUCCAUGUACCGUCAAUUUGGAAGGUACUGAUACGAUUCUUAACAAAUAUUCUUGGAAUGAAAAGGCAAACGUCAUCUUUUUGGAUCAACCCUUAAAUGUUGGUUACUCUUAUGGCAGUCGAGGUGCAUCCAAUACAAAUGCCGCUGCCAAGGAUGUUUAUGCUUUUCUUCAACUCUUUUUUAAGCAAUUCCCACAAUACGCUCACCUUGACUUCCACGUCUCUGGUGAAUCAUAUGCUGGCCACUAUAUUCCUGCAAUCGGUGGUGAAAUUAACCGCAACAACAAGGGCAACUUCAAGUCAUUUGAACUAUUUGCAAACAAAGAAACGCUAUCACCCAUCAACUUGAAGAGUUUGUUGAUUGGUAAUGGCUUGACUGACCCUUUAAUUCAAUACAAAUACUAUGCCAAGAUGGCCUGUGAGAACUCAUAUGGUCCCGUUUUGGACCAAUCAACCUGCCGAUCAAUGGAAGCUCAAUUCCCUGCAUGUGAGCGAUUGAUUCAAAACUGCUACGAUAACGAAAACGUCUUUGCCUGCUUGCCUGCAGCCAUGAAAUGUAAUAAGGAUCAGAUUCAACCAUACCAAAUGACUGGUAUGAAUCCCUAUGACGUACGUGAGAAGUGCAAAGGAGGCAACUUGUGCUACGAAAUUCUUGAAAGUGUCCAAAAGUACUUGAACAUUCCUGAAGUGAAGAAGGCAGUAGGUGUCGAUGUCUCAAGAGAAUAUGAAUCCUGCAACAUGCAAAUCAACUUUAGAUUCCAAAUGGCUGGCGAUUGGAUGCGUCCUUAUGUCAAUGAAGUACCUCCUCUUUUGGAAGACGAUAUUCGUGUCUUGAUCUAUGCUGGUGACGCUGAUUUCAUCUGUAACUGGAUGGGCAACAAAGCUUGGACGCUCGAGCUGCCCUGGUCUGGCCGAAGCGAAUUCCAGGCUGCUAAUGAUACCGAAUGGCAUUCUGAUAUCCUUGGAAAACAAGCUGGUGAACUUCGUAGAACGGAGGAUGGUCGAUUCGCUUUCUUGCGUGUCUUUGGUGCUGGUCACAUGGUUCCUUAUGACCAACCUGAAAGCGGUCUUGACAUGUUACAACAAUGGGUCCGUGGUGAAUUGAAAUAA